ACAAUGAAACUAGUUGCAUAUGAAUGUACUUCGCUCAGCUGUUUUCCACUUGGUCUUUCACGGUUAGUAGUUUUUGUAGUGAAACAGAAUAUUUUAGAAUUCAGAUUGAAUGAAGAAAGAAUUCUCGUUUUAAUCAACUAGAGCUUCUGAAAAUGUGUUUUUAUACUAACUGAGUGUUAAUUAAUAUACAUUAUUUCUGAAGAUAUUUGUACAUACUGGCUCAUAUAAUGGGUAAAAGUUAUUGAAAACUAUUUCAAGAUAUAGAUUUCAAAAAUCCAUGGGAAGAUUUUAUUUUCGACCAGACAGUCGAUAAUAUUAGUCAGUUUGUGUAAUAAUUAUAUGCUUGAUUUGUAGAUGAAUCCUCUGACUGUUUUAACAAUAUAAAGCUUAGCAACUUUCCUUUUCUCAAAAGUCAGUUUUCCUCCAUUGACUAUCUCAUAAAGUGUGAAUUAUGCAAUGUUAUGCUUCUUCCGGAGAGCAUUUCUUUGCAUUAUGACGACCGGCACUCAGAGCCCCCAAAGUCUGUCGGUUCUGCUGUCUUGCCAUACGAAGCUGUUUCUUGGUGUGAAUGUCAGGCUGAAAUUGAUUCCAAAAAGGAUCGGACUUCCAAACGUACUAAGGUCGCGCCUCUCAAGCGUUCUAAACGCAACACACCUAACCCCUCAGAUGCCUCACCUUAUUCAGUUAAAAUGGAUAUAUCGAAAACAGUUAUUACAAGUCGAGAAGUAGAAAAGACCAGUCAUGAGGAACUUAGAGAACCAGUUUUGUUGAAAUUAGCAAAGUCAGAUGGAAGAAUAUCUCAAAGUGAGGAAGUGUCCAAAAAGCCUUUAAGGACACCUGCAGAAAGUAAACUCAAUGAGCGAUCUGUGUGGUCGGUUGUUUGUCCAAGAGAGCAUUCUGCUGGUAAUUUUUAUGAACUCACCUCCAAAGGUCAGGUUGAGGAAAGUCGACACCUGGGGAAAGAUAUGUUUGAGUGCCGAUCAAGUUUUAAUCAUUCUAAUGAUUCUGGCAUCGGAUCUCAAGCACAUUCAGUUUUUCGCUGUUCAUCAUAUCCCCCGACACCUUCAUUGUCUCCACAUCUUCCAAGUUCUAGUCCAUCAAAUGUUUCUGAUGACACGACAUUUGGUUUUAACCAGUUCCGGCCUGAAGUUGCAAACCGACCUGUUUCACGCUCAUCCCACUCUAGUUCUAGCAGUGGAAUCGGUAUUUCUGAUCAGCACAAUACUGAUUCUAGCAUUACUAUUCCAACAACAAUUUUCAAUGUAAAUAGUACAAAAGCAGUCACUUCACUUCCUUUAUCAGACAUAAAGUCAACUGCCAAAUGCAAAGUUAAGUGCAAGCUCUCGACGGUUUGCCUUCGGAACAACGUCCCUCUAUGUUCCACUUCCUCUCAACCGGUGAUCUCGGGUGAGGCAUUGACUAAAGUGCAUUCCAGUAGGGAAGUAGAGUCAACUGUAUAUCAUCUAAAAAACAAUCGUCAAGAAUUCGAUGGUAAAUUAAUUAGUAGUGAGUUGAGGCGGAAUGGUUUCCAUAGCUGGAUUACUGGUGAACGACCAACGUCAUCAGAUGCCACACACAAAACCGAUAAUGUUAGACGUUUACUGGCAUUUCAGCGGCUAUCAACCCCAAGAAAUCAAACAAUUCUAUUGCAACAAGCCCCUAGGCAGAUAAAGAGUGUGCAUUUAGCACCUUCGUUCAUCUCACAAUAUUAUCAAACAGAAAACUUGGAAGGAAAUGAAGCUUCUACUUCGAAUGACACUAAUCGAUUUGUCCAACCAAAUAUUUUAAUACAACCAGAAAAGUCCUCAAAACUAGACGUGGUGAAUGAUAGUUCAUCUCGAAUUAACUGGCCUCCAGAAUCUAUAAUUUCUGGUCCCUCUAGCCAUAUGGCUAGGAGUACUGGCGAAUUGCAAGAAUUCUUGGAAGAGCUAGAGGAUACAUUUGAUCCUCUUACUCAGUGUGGCUGCUUGGAAAUGGAUGAUAUCAGGUGUAGAAAUUCUAUUUUAUGUACGGUACAUACAAUUGAGGAGAAACGUAGGGUCCCACGCCAACAUGAUUUACGUUAUCUUAUGCGAGAAGCAAGGAAAAAACAACAAAUCUUAAGACAAGUACCAAACACUCCCUGUCAACAAUUUCCAUGGACUGUACAAACCUCUGGUUCGCCUAAUGCAGUAAUUGACCUCACUGAUGAUGUUAGUAGUAAUGAAAGUUUCUGUGAAACUCCAGGAGUGUUAACUUAUCAAACACCUCGAGUUCCAAAUCAUUCACAGCUAUUGCAUCAUAAUACAACGCUUUCUGCAUAUGAUACACAAGGUCGAUGUCAAAUAUAUCCCAACUCACUUAACUCAAAUGGUCCUAUAGAUUUGAGAUAUGUAUCAAACAAACUGACGGCUAGAUUACAUCAACGAAAUAAAACAGUUGUCAUCGCCCAGCCAUGUGCUAUUGAUAUCAGACCACAAACAGAAUCUUUUUUGUCUUACUCACCUCAAAUCGCAUCUAUCAACUCCACUCUUGAUAUGCAUCACUUUCAAUUUAAUCCAAUGGGAUCAGGAACAACACAAACGGGAGAAUAUUUUAGUGAAUCCAACACACCCAAUAUAGUUAUGUAUCCUAAUCGUAAACAAACAUCUGGUUAUUCAUCAACCUCUUAUUCGAAUGCCAGAUUGAUAAAUGAACCUCAGUAUGCUGCUCAAAGUCAUUGUCUGUCUACCUGUCAACCUGCACAACCUUGGGCUAAUCGACUGAGCCGUUAUCCCAUUGAAGGUUCUGCCGAUACAACCAUCAAUUUGGAUAAUCUUAUCACUUGUAAAGAUUUAUGCUCAGAAGAACAUUUUGAUGAUCCUUCCCAUGAAAUAAAUUUACCUCGAAAAGUACAUGUUCCGUUUGUUGAAGAAACACCCCCUAAUUUUGGUCCUAUUACUACUUCUACAACAACAACAACUACUACUACUCUGUUCCCACACUUGUCAUUAAACACUCGCAAAUUACAAGAAAGUCAGAGUCGAGUUGUUGUCAAUGAUAUGCGUGAAAAAUCCAUUACUGGAAGAAGUAGGAAAACAGCUCGAACAUCAUUUCGAUCUUCAGGUUCUACUAAUGUUCAAGGUCCUACUCUCACUAGUUUGUUACAUCUACGUUAUCAACACCAACAGCCGAAUCAACAACAAGGUCAAUUUCAGUCGAUCUCUGGACUUUUAGGCGGAGGUAAAGUUAAUCCUAGUGAACAUGUAUCAUCAAGACCCACGGUUAUUAGUAAAACUAAGCCAGUGACUUCUGCAACAGAUGUUUUCAAUUGUAAAAUAUCAUCGUCAUCAUCUACGGUUUUUGAAUCACAAGAGAAAGCGGAUAUUUUGAAUUCUGUAAAUCCUCAACUAGUCUAUUCCCCAUCUUUGAUAACACCAAACAUACCAUGCACGUAUGUUGGCUUGUCGUCGAAUUACCCAACUUCAUCAACUACUUUCAGCUCAAGACUUCCUAAUCAGGUGUUAGAUUAUUGUGUUGAUAACUCGUUAGAUACAUUUUAUGUCCCUAAUUCUUUACAGACUUGUCCAAAUACAGUACCCUCAUCCAUUUCACCAUAUUCUUUACAUUCCAAUUCUAGACUUAAUAAUUAUGUUAUACAACGUAAUGUACAAUUAAACCAACCACAGGCUAGAACUUUGUUUGCAAAUUCAAUUAGUUCUCAAACGAAUGAAACUAGUCCCAAUUUAAUACUAUCUUCUUCCUCAUCCUCUUCUCUGUCAACGGCUACUUUAUCGAGUAAUCGUUAUUUUGUCAUUCGACCAAGUGCAAUCGCACAAACACCUAAUUUAGUGGUUUGUGCUAAACGCAGGGAUACUUAUUCCACAUCUAAUAUAAAUAGAUCUUCUGAAGAUGUAUGAUAUUAUUAUUCCUAUUUAUUAAUUUGCCGUUUUUGUAUUUUCUCAAAGUAUUUCCCUUCAGUAUUCCAUGUAUUCCUCUUUACUCAAAGUUUUCUUUAUAUUCACCCUCUCUCUUGUUCUUCUCUCUUGACAUUACAAAAGCAAGUCUUUUGUUGGUAUGUAGUUAAAAUUCAUUUUUCCCGUAAUUUUGCUUUUUCUUGUGUAAGUUAUGUUCAGCAAAGAUACUACAUUUACUGAUAUUACUGUCGACACUAAUAAAACUAUUAUUAGUAUUAGUAACAACUUUCAGUUAAUCAUAUCAUUAUCAAAUCAUGUUUUUUUCUUAGUGAAUUAAUUUUGUACAAACAGAAAAAACUUUUAGUUGUUUUCUCUCCUGUUCUGUUUUUUCUUUUUUCAUGCGAACGACCAAUCAGUAAAUAAGCUGACUAAUAUAACGCUUUUUACUGGGAAGAGAUAAAGAGUUUGCUGACUAAGGUAUGAAUGAAUAAUCCAUUGUCCAGCGAUCUCCACUUUUCUCUUUGUCCUUCAUUUUGACUUCUCUCAAAUGUCUUUUUGGGAUAAUAUUUCAUGUAAAGACCAUUUUGUAUUCAAUCUGAAGUCGAAGUCGUGUUCAUGAAGAUGUCCAGUGUGUUAUUUAUGUUGUGUUUAAAUGUGAUGUACAAAUAGAUGGUAUACUUGUUAUGGUGGAUUAUUCCAAUAACCAUGGUUGUCGCACAAAUUGUUUACGAAACUAAUUCUCACUGAAGUAUAUUUGAUCACUAUACGG